AAAACCAUGUUCGAAAACGGACUGCAUUGCCGGGUUAUCAUAAUUUCCUGGAUAUGUGCACGCGCUUUCAAAGUUGCCAUAGAAUGUGUGGGCAAGUUGCGAAGCUGGAAAUUACUUGGAACGGAACUCUAUCUCGAACAUGCUUGCAGAAUAUGCACUCUCAUUUGACGGAGUGGUAAGAUCCAUGCUCUCUGACUAGGCCCUAGCCCAAGGUGUCCGAGCGACUGACUACUUCCCAAUUCCCACGAAUAACCAGCCCGCCGCCUGAUAUAACGUGACAACAUUAUCGAUAGGACACAAUGCUAGGUGGCAGAAGUGGGCUCUACACGCGAUUCAUAGCUUGUAUCUGACAUUUUCAUGACGUGUGCGUGGCAGCCCAAUAUUUCAUUUCCAAACUAUCAGUAGGUCAGAUGUAUGCUACUGCUUGGUUGUAGCAAACAUCUGAAACUACCACGGGGGAGCUCUAUUCGGCCGGUAUGGGAGGAUGGUUUCCCACGCUCGCCCAAUGGCCUGGCUGCGAAACGUGGCAAACAUCUAUCUAUCAAUCUGGAUCGUUUAGAGUGGUGGUACAACGGCCCCCAAUUGCCGCACAACCCCCCGUCGAAGCACUGUUCGGGACCCAACAUAGGUGAGCGUAGGCUGAAGCGCAUGCAUGCAUUAAUGCUCGAACACAAGAUUGAUGCAGAAUUUGAAAGAGGGAUAAAGCGUGAUGAGUUGGGUUUGCGAGCAGCAUCCGUUGAAGAGCUUCGGCAGCAAGCUUCGAGCUCACGAAGCUACAAGCUGGAUUCCCUCCCGUUCGAGUAACCGUUGCAGAUCCCGCCACGUUCGCAAAUGCGACUGCUGCGUGCCGCAAUGCUGAAACACAGCAGCUGCGGUAUGGCCCAGAAUUCCGUAAAGAUUCUUCUCGAUGUGGGUUUAGCCUACAGAAAGGGCAUAAACAAUGUUUACCACAUCAAAUAAGAGCCAAAUCUAACCAAGUAAAAACUUUGAGGAACAGGAGAAUUCAAACCAUAAACUAUCAAAUGUUGCACUAUCUGAUCCCCGCCUAACAAAUACCGAAUGUAAAACUCUUACUCUUAGCGUCGUACAAAUCCCCAGACCAUCAACUCAUGAUUAUUUUCACAUUGAAGAUAGAAGAUUCAAAAGAUACCCACAUCUUCAGGGAUUGUGAACGCUUGAUUUCGGUUCAUGUAAGAUAAUGGAGGGUUUUUAGUUUUUAAUUUUCUUUUUAUCGAUAUCACAGUGACUAUGUAGUGGAAAUAGAUUAAGAUUACAAUUAACCAUUCGCAAUCUUUCAACAUAAACGAAAAGUCGUCUGGUUCAGGGCCUGUAAUGCCUUUUUCCACAUUCUUCGCACAAGAUGUCCUCACAACGACCUCCGCAUCCACAUCGACCUCGACCUCCCCAUGACCAGUUGGGCGGCAUUGGAUUCCACAGUCAGCCUUCGAUGGAAUGGGAUUGACCUCCACGGGACUGGAUGAUCGACGUUUCAUUCCCUCCGAUUGAACCGCCGUGUGAAUCCAUCGCCGGAUGAGACUUCAUGGGGUUUAAGCAAUUAGGGUUUUCACUUCACUUGCAUUUCGUCAUGCACUUCUCUCCGCGGAUUACCUCGUCGCGCUCUUCUGGCUACAACCGGCGUUGAUGCUCAUUCUCAUCACUGCUGCAACCCCCUUCCUGAAGGUUUAAUGCUGCAUUUGUGGUGCUGGAUCUCGGUUGGACACGCUCCUGGAGGAUCCGAUGUAGAGUAAUCUGUGAUCGGUGGGAAGGUUUUCGAGUGGCCUGCAUAGAACAGGACUUGUUGUAUGAAAUUUAACGACACAAACGCAGGACUGAACCUAGUCACUCUGACCAAGGAAGGACGUCCGCCAGACUUCGAAUGAGAAAAGGAAGGGGAUGAGAACCUGGUAGGGAUGGUAGGGGAGUCUCAGUCGCAAAUUGAGUACGAUGAAGAGUGGGAGAAUUUACUUGACAGUGGGAUUCUUGAGGACCUAUUACAGAAGGCAGAGCAUGAAAAUGCUGUUAGGCGAGCAUCUCAAGUGGUGUCCACUUUCUCUACUCCUCAACCAGUGCAGCCUCUCGGACCCCCGCCAAACCUUCUUCUCGACUCACAGACACACCCUCCCCAGCCUACUAUUGGGCCCGUCUCAAACGCAGUGCAAGUCUCUGGUAGAGCUCAAUUGCACACUGAGAAUGCAUUUAAUACACGGUCCCAAACCUUGCAUGGCUCGAGAAAGCCACCUUUGCCUUUUGAGCUGAGGGGGAGUCAGGGCUAUUACUACCAGGAUAGACAUGAGGGAGCUCACCUUCCCAUCAACCUUUCCCAACUACCCUCGCAAGGACCAGGAUCUUUUAGGUGUGGGACUCCUGCAAAUGGUGCUGUGAAUAUUCAAAACCAACCAUCAAAUGGUGUUCCUGGUUCACUUAGGGAUGAUGGGCUACAUGUCAAUGAGUUGCUGGCUGAAAAGAAUGGGACGAUUUCACUCCUUCGAUCUAAGCUCAUGCAGGCGGACUCAGAGCUGUAUGACCUCAGAAAAAGAGUCGCGUCUCAGACUUCCUCACAGCAUGUCCCGCAAUUUCAGCAAAGGGAGCUGGAGCGCCUGUCUUUGGAGCUGACUUUGAAGGAUCAAGAGGUAUUGGAAGCAAGAAGGGCACGUGAUGAGAAAAAUGAUCGUCUUAGAGAAGCCUUAUCCACAGCUGCAGCACUUGAAAAAGAAUUGGAAAACCUCAAAAGGCUAAGGAAAAUAGAUGCAGGUGGGUCAAAACGAUGUCAUGAGGAAGGAGAGUAUGAAGCUGUUAACAGGGCUGGUCCAUCUUAUUCUCAAGGAGAUGAACCUGAAGAAGAAAACACAGCUUGCAGCGGUCGGCCGUCGGAGGGGACUUAUGCACAUGUGAAAGAUCAGUCUAAGAGACUAGAUCAAGCACAGGAAGUAUGGGCAGCACCCUGGGAAACCGAAAAAGCUGAAAACGUGGCUGCACAUAAAGCUGUAGCCUCCAAGGAGUCCUCCGAUGCUGCAGUGCUGAAGGCUCGCACAGUCGAUGACGGUUGUGUUACUUCAAAUCAGAAGAAAACAAGAGUGGUACCUCCCCAGGCAUCUGAGCUACCCUGCAGAGGACAUAUAUCUGGCAGGGACGGUGCUUCUGCUCCACUUCCUCAGCAAGAAGCAUCUGGCAGAGGUUUGGGGUUGGAGAAUGGGGCUAUUCAGAGGGAACUCACGCAUGUCUUGCAACAAAUAUGGAAUCCAAACGGCUCUCAAAGCGAGAGCGUGUCCCUUGUCUCGGAACUUUUUGCUGUCUGUCGCCAAGAUCUGUACAUUCUGUCAACAUAUGAAGGAACUUUGAAGAAGUCGUUGAAGAGUCAGACAGGCUCAAAGAGCAUAACUGGUUUGAAGCGGAAGCAGACUCUUCACAAUGAACCAAAGAAGGAGAUUCAGGAAAGUGUGGGUUCAAAUUUUCACAGCGCACUUGCAAAGGUUGCAAAUAAGCUUAUGCCGUCGGCAACACUUCUUGGACCCUUACUAGAGUACUGCGAUUGCGACAAUGUGGAUCUUGUUCAGAGCGCUCUUCGUGUUAUGCACUGUAUUCUACGCCAUGAGUCUUUUUGCAGAGAUAAAGUACUUGCAAGAAACAAUUCUGGAAAUAUUUUCAGUUCAAAACAUGUAGGUAUUUCCGACAGCUUCAGUAGAUUAAACUUGUCGUUCGAAGGGAGAGGAUGGUCUAUGUGUAGUGGUGACAUGAGGCAAGAACAAACUUCUGUUCCUGUCUUUUCUUCUCCGCGGGUGUUUUGUGGACUUCCGAAGCCGCAAAAUGAAACUUCUGUAGGUUCAUCACGGCCAGAACAAGCAGAGAUUCGAAGGAAUAUCACUGGAGUAGAAGAUGGAGCUGACAUGGUAGCCUCGGAUCUCAAUCCUUUUGUUGACUGGUUACUGUAUAUGGCUGCCCAUUCUUCCAACACUGGCGUCAGAUUUGGAGCAAGUGCCAUAAUGGGCCUGUUAGUGGCACAUAGUGAACCCGUUUCGCAAAGGGCACAAUUUGGACCUUUGUUAUGGGGGAAAAAAACUUGCAAAUUUGGCUUCUCUACAAGUGGGGAACAGCAAGUUGCAAGUUUGGCUUCUCUGCUCAAAGGGACUGCUGGGGUAGCAGUACAAUUACAAGCUAUCCGCCUGGUGCACCUUCUAUUACAUUGUCCUGCUCUUCUUCAGAUGUUCUGUUCUGCUCUCGAUACAUCACUUGGCGACCCUGAAUGCAUUUCCAAGCCAGGUGAUCCUGGUGUUGGGGAGUCAGUAACACACAUCCAAGGCCUUGAUAUGCAAGGGCGGGGAGAAUGCAAGCUUGUGCUGGAUGGGAUAUCUUCUUGUCUAGAAUACCCUGGCAGCAGUUUACAGGAGUAUGUUAUAAGACGGGAUGCCAUACGUGUGUUGGCCUAUUUGGCAAGUUCUGGGGAUUCUGCUGUCCGAAUUCUUUUGUGUGCUCAAAUCAAAUUGGAGCAAUGUGGAACAUUCAAGGAGUCUUACAGUGCGGAUGGUGGAAAUGGGCUGCAAAGCGAAAAUCCUCGAGCGGGCUCCCGCAUGAAUGCGAGCACCGGUGAUGUCGUUGCUGCUGCGCAUAAUCCACACGCGGGUGUAAAUAUGAGGCCUGUUACCUCCGAGGAUGGGGAGAAACUCUUCGACAUACCUUGCAGGCUUAUCUCACUUCUAGCUCGCGAGCUCAAGUCAGAGGCGGAUGAAUCCCCAAAUCUCAUCGAGAGGCUGGGUUUUGAGGAGCAUAGGACGUGUUUGAUACGUGAGACGGUUUCACUUUUUUCCAAGCUACUAUCAAAUCAGCAACAUUCACGCGAAUUGCUGGACUCGAUCAUUUCCAGCCAGGAAACCACCAGGUUGAUUUUGAGUGUCAUUGAUCAGCUCAUCAGCCGAGGGUCUCAAUCACGUCCAGGAGCAAGCUCAUCCACGGAUUUAGUGGAGCUUGCUAGAGGCCUGCAGAAUCGUAUAGUUCCGGAACUCUGACAUCAUUGAAGCACAUCAAAUGUACUUAGGAAGCAUUCAGUGAAAGAGGAGUAGAAGAGCAGUGGUAGCUUGAAUUGAAUGCUAUUUUUUACAGUGAACCUCCACCAGCAUUUUUCAUUUAAUCAGUUUCCCGUGGGAGAUAAGGUUGAUUGUCUCUAGUAGCAUCGACUCUCUAGCUCUUCGAAACCUCUUUGCAUGGUGCUAUGUCCAUUGUCUAGCAAGCACUUGCUUCUACGGGGAUUUUUGAACCGAGAGAGACUUAACAUGAUGGGCCCUUUUUGGCCAGUCCUCUCACUUGUGUCCAUAGAUGACACAUGAAUGGAAUCCUAUAUGGCAUUCAAUGAAAGUUUUUAACUGUGCUCUUAACUUCCGUAA